UGCGAAGCAAAGCAUGCUGGACUACAGUUCAACGCCCAAAAUGGCGGCACGAUUGAAAAGUUUUUGCUGUUUUCAUCGAGUUUUUCUUUUUAACUUUUCCGUAGUUGCUCUAGACACCCGCCGUGUCAGUUUUCUUUAAACUCACUGAUAAUUAGGGUUUUUGUCCGACUGUUAAGACGCAAGAAGGGAGCUGGGAUGGCGUUUUGCUAUCAGCUCAAAACUGGGCAUCUCUUUAGAAACAUAAUGCUAAAAUAAGUUAGCCUAGGAGGCUAACUGCUGUCAAAUAAGUGCUGGCUUAAAGCUCCGGUGGUCUCACCCAGUCUCAUCUAGAUCUCCGGGCUGAAGUGAGAAUGAAGAAGACAACUUAAAGAUGGAAGAAGAUGUGAAAAAAGUAAAAAAGCCCGGGAUCGUGUCUCCGUUCAAGCGGGUCUUUCUGAAAGGAGAGAAGGGGAGGGACAAGAAGGCCCAGGAGAAAUCCACAGAGCGCAGGGCCCUCCAUACCUUCUCCCUCUCUCAGCCUGACCACCGCAUUGACCCUGACAUUCUGCUUAAUGACUACAUUGAGAAGGAAGUAAAAUAUUUAGGGCAGCUGACAUCGGUUCCAGGUUACCUAAACCCGUCGAGUCGGACGGAGGUCCUGCAGCUCGUUGACAAUGCAAGAAAAUCCCAUCAGUUGGCGGGCCAGCUGACAUCAGAGCAGGAUGCAGUGGUGAGCUUGUCUGCAUACAACAUCAAGCUUGUUUGGCGAGAUGGAGAAGACAUCAUCCUGAGAGUGCCGAUCCACGACAUCGCUGCAGUUUCAUACAUCAGGGAUGACUCGCUACACCUUGUGGUGAUAAAAACAGCUCAGGAGUCAGGAGGGUCUCCCUGCCCCAGCUCAUGUCCUGAUCUAAAUAAGUCCCAGACUCUCAGCUCCCUGUCAGAGAGUGGAGCUGUGCUCGUGGAAGUCUGCUGUCUGCUUGUCUUAGCAGUUGAUAAUAAGGCGGCAGCAGAGGAACUGUGUCUUUUGCUCAGCCAGGUCUUUCAAAUAGUUUACACAGAAUCAACUAUAGACUUUCUAGACAGAGCCAUAUUUGAUGGAGCUACAACACCUACAAGACACCCUUCUUUGUACAGUGAUGACUCUUCAAGCAAAGUAGAUGUCAAGGAGGCUUUUGAGGGAGAAACCAGCCCAUUUCCUUUCCAGGCCACAGAAGGAACCUCUCCAUCUACAUCCACCCCUGCGUCCCCUCAGACAAAGGUUCCAAGUGAAGGAGAGCUCAGUACCACAGCUGCAGAGCUUCUACAGGACUACAUGACAACGUUGCGAACAAAGCUGUCAUCACAGGAGAUCCAGCAGUUUGCUGCUCUGCUCCACGAAUACAGGAACGGUUCCUCCAUUCAUGAGUUCUGCAUUAAUCUGCGCCAGCUCUACGGGGACAGCAGGAAAUUCCUCCUACUCGGCCUGCGUCCCUUCAUACCCGAGAAGGACAGCCAGCACUUUGAAAACUUCUUGGAGACCAUUGGAGUGAAGGACGGCCGCGGCAUCAUCACAGACAGCUUCGGCCGCUGCAAACGCACGACCAGCUCCGCCUCCGAUUCCACCACCAACGGCAAUGGAGCGACGGGAGAAAGCGGCGACAGCACGGCUUCGGACGAGGGCCACGAAGCCUCCGAGGGCGACGAUUGGGACCGUAUGAUUACCAACAUCAGCAACGACAUCGAGGCCCUUGGCUGUAGCAUGGACCAGGAGGCGGUGACUCCCUGAUAUUGACGUGAAAUCAUGGCCACUCCUCAGAUGAGCAGCUGGCUUGACUAAAAUGGAUCAGAUGAAGAUGGUCCUUAGCACUGACCUAAGAUUUGGUUAUAUGUUUAUUCCUCUAGUUAUCAAGAGGACGUUCUAUAGGCCCAGUACAUUCAAGGAAAACCUUGCCUUUUUUCUGUCCAGUCGACUGAUGCACUUAUGCAGACCUUGAAGUUGACUUGCAGUUUGUUUUACAUUUCAGUCAGAUUUAAAGCCUGUGUUACUUUUAAACUUUAUCUUCGGUUUUGUACUCAUUUAUUGGCAGCAUCUGCCACUGCUAUCUGUAAUAAAGCUUAGAUCUCCAGCCGGCGCAGCAGCAAUUCUGGAGGAUCCACCGUUAGACUGUGCACACAUUUUAGAAGCUCAAGGUUGAUACUGAGGUUUGUAUCUUAAUUUAACCAUAAAUUAAUCAGCUUCAUCCAUCUUUGGUUUACUUAAUUUGUAAGAGUGUAAGAUUCUGCUAUGUAUGAUAUGUUAAGUUCUGCUUUACUUCACACUGUUUGUUAGUCAGUGCUUACUCAGUUAAAUGUUUGUGCCUUAUUGAAACUGACCUAGAAAAUGCUGUAAAAACCAAGUCGCAUUCAUUUAAAGCUACAUGGGGUGGACUGUAUUUUAUUUGACAAAGCCAGCCUAUGGAUGGCUGAUGUAAAUUGUUCUCAACGUUUGGGUCAUUUUUGUUUUGUUAGAUUAAAUUUGUCAUUGUUACUAAACACUGCAGUGUUGCUGCCAGCAGGUUCUUAAGCAGUUCUUUGACAAGUUGUAGUUAUUAAAUAAAUCAAUUACACUGAU